AUGCCAGAAACUCGUGCGCCCUACAUUUUGCUGGGAAACAUUCUCCCGUUUCUGUUGGCGACCGUCUUCUACUUUGGAAGAGUCUAUAGUCGAGCGGCGAUCUUACGCACCUUCGGCUGGGACGACUGGCUUCUCACGACAGGCUAUGUAUGUUGCUUCUACCCUAGACGUGAAGGUCUCGACUCUGACAAGACUGCAGNNGUCGCUGCUCUCGCCAACUGUAUCAUGGCUUGCCUGUUGACAAAGUUUGGCGGUGGCUUGCACGAAGCUGACGCCCGACCCAGCACCGUUGUGCCUUCUCUCAAGCUGCUUUACGGCACCCUUAUCACUUACCAAUUCUCACUCUGCUUCACGAAGCUAUCUCUAUGCGCAUUAUAUCUCAAGGUGUUUACAACAAGUCGCUCCAGCCGGGUCUUCCUGUACAGUGUCUUCGCUCUUGUGGCAGUAGCCACCAUCGUCCUUGAAUGCAUUUGCAUCUUUCAAUGCAACCCCAUCGAAGCUGUCUGGAACAUCACCAUACAAAAGAAAUCGUGUAUCGAUACCAUACCAGCAUUCUAUGCUUCGACAGUGGAAAGCGUCCUCGUGGACGUGCUUCUCAUAGCCUUUGCGGCACCAAAAAUCAUGAGACUCAAUCUACAUGCACGCCAAAAGAACGCACUUCUCUUCACAAUUUGUCUGGGUGGCGUCCCUGUUAUCGCCAGUAUUGUCAGAGCAGUAAGAGUCAGCAGUAUCCUGCACGCAGAGGACAAGACAUGGGUCUCUUUCGAUUCCUCAAUCUGGAGCGCUGUAGACGCCAACGUCUCCAUCAUUUGUGCAUCCGUGCCGUCUCUCAAGCCUCUGCUUAGACAGAUUGCUCCCACAUUCAUGGGUUCUACCUUCGGCACGUCUGCACCAGGAACCAGCGGUCAAUAUGCGAACACCAGAAGAUCAUGGCUGGACAAGUCAUUCGGAAACAAAGGAUACGAAUUGCAUAGUGCAUCUCAAUCGGGUGUACACAAUGGUAGUCAGCUAGAGCUGGCCAACAAUGCUGGAACAAAUGAUUGGGCAAUCAACAAGGGUGCGAACGACGAAGAUGCGAUCAGCGAAGACAGCAUUCACGGAGCUCCGAUCAUCACGAAGAGUGUGACUGUUGCGGUAACCAGAGUUGAACCAACGUUGCCCUGA